AUUCAAAACUUGUCGUAUAUUUCAAAUAAGCUCUUUGUCGAUUUUUUUUACAAGUAAUACUGUUGAAUAUUCAUUUGUAUGACUAAGAAUAAAACUACAUCUAUAGCUACCGCUCUACAAUGUACCUAGUCGAUGGUUUAUGUUCUAUCAUUUAGGUUGCGUCCUUCCCUUCAUUGAUUGUCUCUCUUACAUUAGUUCCAAUUUUCACCACGAAUGGCGCUGUCUACCUUUCAAACUGUCGCAUUUGCGUUUUAUUGUUUCUCGUUAACUUUUAUAUAAGUUGCGAUUAGUAUGUUUUUAAUAAAUUCACUGGUUUUAGAUACAGUUUACUUUAAGGGUCAUGGGGUAACGUAAAUAUACUAGGGUUCUGAUCAUGACUUAGUAUCACGGAAAGUAGGUACUACUUGGUUCGGAAUCUAGACUGCUAGAUUUAGGGACUUUUCGCUAGAUGGCGCUAUUCUCAAAAUGACAAUACACAUGUCAAUGUUUUUGACAGAAGCCGGAUAGACACUAUUGUGUAAUAUUAUUGUUUAUUACACUCAAUUUAAUUUAUAUUUAAAUAUAUCGAUUUGAAGCAAAGGUCCGGUGUUUUCUUCAAAUAAUUCAAGGAAAUGAACAAUGCAAUUAAUUCUUGAAUCCGAGCCAACAUUAUCUGUAGAUACGGACAUGUCCACGAUUGAGGAUAUUCAGACUGAGAAGGUUGGGAAAGGCGAUAUUAAUGAUCUCAAUACAAAUACUUGCAAUGGAAAUAAAGAGAAUAUCGGAGAUGUGAAUGUCAUUGUGAAUGAUGAUUUAAAUAAACAAGCUAUUGAAGAAGUAGAAGUCUUAAAUUCAGACGAUAGUAUCAAUCGUAAAUCACUUAAAGAAACACAAAUAGAAGAAUCUCAAAAUGGAGCUACGUCAGAAACAAAUGAUGUUAAUGAAAUUCAAGACGAAGGAAACAAUGAACUUCAAGGAACAGAAGAAGAAGUCAAUGAAGAUAUUAAAGAAAAUCAUGCUGCAAGUAGCCAAGAUAAUGGUGUUGGUGACAUCACCGAAGAUGAAGAGGAUAUAAUUCAUAUAAAAGCUGAGAAUUUCGAAGAAAUAACUAUUGUUCACGAAGAAACUGAAAAACUGGUUUUACAGAAUGGUUCUACAAAUGAAAAAGAAGACGUUUCACUUUCUAAAGACGACAUUGAAUUAAUAGAGGAAGAUGUUGAAACACAGGUCAAAACAGAAACAAAUCCCAAUGAUGAUGUUGAAUUAGUAGAGGAACGAGAAACUGGCAACAGCACGGAAACUUCUUUAAAAACGGAAAGUCCUAAAGUUCCUAAGAACGAUGAUGUUGAAUUAAUAGAUGAACCCGAAACUCACAUUACAGAUUUAACAGAAACUCCGAUUAGUGUAACAACAGAAGAAAAUACUAACAAAGCUCAACUUGAACGAGAUGAUGUUGAUAGUAAUAAAGAAAUAGUUGAUAAUAGAAAAGUUGAAGAUGAAAUUGAUAAUAAAGAGCCACAGAUCGUUCAAGAUUCAUCGUCUAUUGAGUUAAAAGAAGAGAUGGAUGUAGAAGAAAUUGUCGACAAAACACCUGACAGUAAAGAAAAACCAGAAGUGAAUGAUGCUGCUCCUAUAAAUAGUAAAAAUGUAGAUAAACCAGUUUGUAGGCUUAGUAACACAUUAGAUAUAUUAUCGGAUGAUGAGGAAGAACUUCCUAGUAAGGAGUCUGAGGCGCCGAAAGCAGAAGAAUCUAGCGAUAAACAAUGCAUCAACAUAGAAGAUGAUGAUGACAUUAUGCUCAUUGAUGAGGACACUUGUAAGACUGAGACCCCUAAACCUGUAGAUACUAGUAAUAAUGUAGAAGACACCAAGUCAGACGGCCAAACAGAUUUAGAAACCAGUGAAAACACUUUUGAGACGGAAGACAAAAAACAUUUGCCCUCACCAAUAACUCAAAAAGAACUCACGCCGCCUCCAGAGGUGAAACCGCCUAGUUUCGACAUUGACAUGAAACAAGAAGAAAAUGAAAUGGAAAAACCACCUUUACCAGGAAUACCGCUUCUUCCAGAAAAUUUUGUCAAAACAGCGAAAAAGAAUUUAUCAGACAUGACAAGAGAUGACUUGGAAGAGUUCUGUAUAUUGAAAAUAGUGGAAAGCAUUGUGGACCGAAGCAGUUUGAGUGAAAUUAAAGUAAAACUUAAAUCAUUGAGUCAAGCGCUUGAGGAGCAGAAGAAAAAGGCAUUGGCUAUUGCCAAACAGAAUCGAGACCUCCAAGUUGUUUUAAAAUCUGUUCAAGAAGAGCAAAAGAAGAAUAUGCCUGAAACAUGUAUAACUCCACUUAAGAUAACCAGAUCUGUUGGCCUUCAAGUCAUCAUGGAAAAAUCUGGUGCAAGAAGGAAACCCCCUGGACCGACUACUCAACCGCAAGCCACUAACAAUGCACCUGCUAACCGACAAAAUAUUAAAAACUCACCGUCUCAAAGCCCACGGCAAAACAGACCAGGAGCUCAGGCUAUACCAGUCCCUAGAUUAGUGCCUGCCAGUAAUACUGCAAAAACACCCAGUGCAAUGCCUCAGCUUGCUGCAGUUACUCCAAACAAAACAGCCACAGCGAUGCCUAAUGGAGUUAAAAACCCUUCACCUUCACAAAAAGCCGCAGAAAAAAGACAACUUAGUAAAUCUUCCUCUGUGACCGUAGACCUAACUGAUGAUGAACCGCCAGCUAAAAUGAGUAAUAGAAAUUCUCCAGCACCGCCAGUUAGAUUAGUUCCUUCUCAAAACCUCAUGGCACCUAGACAACAAGUUGCAGCGGCGAGUAAUAGUUCUACUCCUAAAAAAGUGUACAUCCCUAUUAGUUGUCCCAUAAAUCAAAGCAUAAGGCCUGGUCAGACUGUCGUUUUAAAACCCGUUCCUACUCCAGGUCUAAGGCCUCGAGGAAUAAUGUCACAAUCAACGAGAGGAUCCGCAGGUGCAGUUAGAUUACAGUCAGUUAAUAAGUUGCAAAAUCCUAGACAUCCAGCGCCUUUACCAGACGCAAUGAAGCAAUAUCAGCCGCCGAAUUGGAAGGCGUUACCUCCAGCGCCAGACCUCAAACUUUCGAAGGUUGAAAAUGGCAUAGUAAUAUCCUGGAAAAUAGAGGGUUAUCAGGAAGACAGCUACGAAGAAAUAGCCAGUUAUCAGUUAUAUGCCUACCAGGAGACUUCAUGUCCACCCAAUACGUCGUUAUGGAAGAAGAUAGGAGAUGUGAAAGCUCUGCCUCUGCCGAUGGCAUGCACUCUAACACAGUUCAUGGCUGGCUUCAAGUACUAUUUUGCUGUAAGAGCAGUAGACAUCAGAUCUCGCCUUGGCCCAUUCAGUUUACCUGGUAGCAUACUCCUUCUAAACAAAUUGUAAGACUGAGUGACAGAACAAGGUACCCAUAUGGAGCGUCCGCAAUGAGCCACUCAAACUAUUCGAUUUAUUUUAAUGAAAAAAUAAACGAAUUAUUUUAUUUUUCACCACUACUUUGGCUUCAUUCGUUAAGGGCGAACUCCGUCUACGCUUUUAAUUUCUGGUCUUUGAAAUGUGUGAGUGGACUACACCAACAAUGUUAUACAUUGUUUCUGUAGGCAUUUGUUACCGGCCAAACUAGAAUUCAAGACUCUAGAGUUUCCUAAUUAAACCUGGAUUUUUCUAACAUCUGGCAAGUAGGAUAAACUGGUACAAUACGAAAUCUAGUUCUGCUGGUUACUCAUAAACAAGGAAUAUAUUUUUAAUUGUUAUUUUUUCGAAUAAUUCUCGUUAUUGACUGAUUUUAAUCUGCUGAACAAUUCGAAGUAGUUUCAAGUAGUUAGUUCGGUAACUAGUGUAUUUUACUGUCGAUAUUAUGUAUUAUUGUAAAGUUUGUAAUUUAAAUUAAAAGGAAUGUUCAGUUGUAAAAUUGAUGAUUACUCUGCAUAAAUAUUCACCUGCCUAGUAUGUCUUUCUGGAAUUCUUAUUAUGAUUACAGAUUCGGAAUCUA